UCAAACUUUUCCAAGCUCCAUCAUUCUGUUACAGCUAGGAAAGCUCUGCAUCGAGAAUGUCAACCACCAUCUCCCUCACAAGCUCCCGCCUAACCGUGUGCAAGUUCCAAGAAAAACCAAAGGAAGAUUCAGCCAGAAAUCUCGCCUCUAAAAUGUUCAAGACCAAUGAUAAGAAUGCAGAACUUGGUUUCACCAGAAGGCGGCUGUUGCGAGACUCAUGGCUGGUUUCUCUUGGAACAGGGAUUUCCAUGGCUCAGUCUGCAAGAGCAGAGCCGAGUAGUCCUCAAGAUUCAGCUUCUAAUAGAAUGUCAUACACCAGAUUUCUUCAGUACUUGGACGAAGGAAUUGUGGGAAAAGUUUAUCUUUUCGAGAAAGAGUUGGCAGCCAUUGCGGAGAUAUCUCACCCAGUUCUUGGUCGAACUCAGAGGAAGAUUCAAUUACCCGGUCUACAACCAGAGCUUCUGAGGAAGCUCAAGGAGAAGAAUGUUGAUUUUGCAGCACACCCUCCAAAGAUCAACAUGGGCGAUGCAAUCUUCGAGCUGCUAGGAAAUUUAGCAUUUCCUCUGCUGCUGUUGGGCUCACUUUUUCUCAGAUCAUCUCAACUAAAUAAUCCUGGAGGACCCAACUUGCCUUUUGGGCUAGGAAGGUCCAGAGCGAAGGUCCAGGUGGAACCGAACACAGGAGUCACCUUUGAUGAUGUCGCCGGCAUCGAUGACGCAAAACAGGAGUUCAAAGAAAUUGUGGAAUUUUUUAAGUCUCCAGAGAAAUUGGCAGCUGUUGGUGCUAAGAUUCCAAAGGGAGUUCUGAUGAUUGGCCCACCGGGAACGGGAAAAACGCUUCUGGCCAAAGCCAUUGCUGGUGAGGCAGGAGUUCCGUUCAUUUCAUUGUCAGGAUCAGAGUCCAUAGCGGUAUUUGUGGGCGUGGGACCAUCAAGAGUAAGAGACUUGUUUUCAAAGGCCAAGGCAAAUGCUCCAUGUCUUGUCUUCAUAGAUGAGAUAGAUGCAGUAGGCAGACAGGGAGGAACAGGAAUUGGAGGUGGAAAUGACGAGAGAGAGCAAACUUUGAAUCAGUUGCACACAGAGAUGGACGGGUUCGAAGGUAACAGUGGACUGAUUGUUAUAGCUGCGACUAACCGACCGGAAAUUCUGGAUUCCGCCCUGCUGAGACCAGGAAGAUUUGACCGUCAGGUUGCUGUUGGCUUGCCCGACGUGAGGGGAGAAGAGAUUCUUAGAGUUCACAGCAGCAACAAAAAGCUCGACCGGAGCAUCUCUCUCAAGGUCAUCGCGAUGAGGACACCUGGAUUCAGUGGUGCAGACCUAGCCAACCUCAUGAAUGAAGCUGCGAUCCUGGCAGGCAUGAAAGGGACAGAAAAAAUAACCAUCAAAGAGAUAGAUGACUCCAUUGAUAGAAUAGUUGCAGGAAUGGAGGGCACAAAGAUGAUUGAUGGAAAGAGCAAGACUCUUGUUGCCUAUCAUGAAAUUGGCCAUGCUGUUGGUGCCACUUUACAGCAAAGUUUUUUGUUGCUCUCUGAGUUUCUUUUCGCUGUUGAGAGAUCCUUUAGAUACUUGAAUUGAAAAUCUGAUAUGUGUCUCUUUCCGUUCCUUUUGCCGUAAUUCCAGAACUUUGACCCCCGUCAUGACCCAAUACAGAAAUUGACCCUUGUUCCUCGAGCUUUCAAAGCAACAGAUCUUUGCUAGGAUAGUUGGUGGUCUAGGAGGCAGCUGGAGGAAGUAAUAUUUGGAGAAUCUGAAGUCACUACUGGGGCAGCUGAAGAUCUGCAGCAGGUUACACAGAUCGGAAGACAGAUGGUCACCACGUACGGGAUGUCUGAGAUUGGACCGUGGUCGUUGGUAGAUGAGUAGAUCCAAUGGUGCACAGCGGCGAUCUAGUCCUGAAGAUGCGCAAGAAAUUCCAUGUCUGAGAAACUCGCAGCAGACAUUGACAAGGCCGUCAAAGCGAUAAUAGACAAGGCGUAUGAAACUGCAAAAUCCCAUAUCAGGAACAAUCGAGCCGCAAUCGACCACCUUGUGGACGUACUACUCGAAAAGGAAACCCUUUCGGGAGAUGAGUUCAGGGCGAUUUUGUCGGAGUUUGCAGAGGACCCAUUGGAAAAUGUCAAUAGAAGUUCUGUAAGGAGAUGAUCUCCUCUUGAAUUUGACCACUAUGAUCGAUGUAUUACUAUAAUAUAGCAAUAAUCAA